UUUUGGAGAGAAUUAGAGUCAUUCAAGCAGAUACAUUAAGUGUAGUACAGGGAGGGUGGACCACAGGGAGUACCACAUCAGAAUCUAGCUGUGAAGCAGUUCGUCAAGCCUGCAAUAUCUUGGUCGACAGACUGAAGCCAGGAAAGGAGCAGUUCGAAGAAAAGCAAGGGAACAUGUCAUGGGACGAACUAAUUUUAAAGGUACUAGUUGCUUUGUCUUCUUAAGAAAUCUUAUCGGAACGAUUGUUGCACCUCCAGGGGGUUUCUCCACUCAACUUUAAAGAUUUAUAUUAUUUACAGUUAAUCUUUUUGAUUAUCUUUGUUGUAUGAGAGCUAAGCAUUACCGGUUUUGCAUAUCCACAGUAUUGUGAUCAGUGUAUAAAAUAUUGCAAUCAUGAAUAUGUAGGCACAGAUGAUUGGUGUGGACUUAUCAGCAAGAGAAUAUUACGUUCCUGGGCCUUCUGGUACUUAUCUAAACUAUGGAGCUGCCGCAAGUGAGGUAGAGAUCGACCUGCUCACUGGAGCCACCACAAUUUUGCGAUGUGAUCUUAUAUAUGAUUGUGGCCAGAGCUUAAACCCUGCUGUGGACUUGGGUCAGGUUUUCAUUCUCCUAGUCCUUGCAGGCAGCAGACCCAUUUUUUUUUUCUCCCUUGAGAAAUGGCACAGCAGAGCUAUGAUAUGUACAUACGUCCAUAUACAGAGAGAGACAGGAACCAGAACAAAAUUUGUUUAUGUAUCUGGUGAACAUUACUCGUUGGCUGCUUCCAUUUGUGUUUACUUUGAUACUUUUCAAGUUGAAGGAGCCUUUGUUCAAGGGAUUGGUUAUUUCUGAGGUAUUUGGAGGGCGUGAUGAGUUCCAAGUAAAGAACCAAUCUUAACAGUCGGCACGUGCUACCCCAACACCUUUAGUAGUGUAUAUUCAUAUAAGUAGACAUAUAUGCCAUCACAAGGUUCAGUCUAUUCUUUUUCUAGAUUAUUAGGCAGGAGGGCUGU